AAUAGAUAGUUGUGUGCGCGAUGAACUGGUAUGACCGAAUAUAGCGGAUAGUGUGGUGGCCUGAGCGUAUAUUCAGCGCGCGACUCCGGUCCCUACUACAAAAUUAAGGACUCCCUACUUUUGUUAUACUUAACUAGAUUCAUCGCCAAAAUUCAUUGAUAUAGAAACAGCAUGGAAGUGGAAUUCUCACCUUGCAAGUCCCUCAGUCAGCCAUUACACUCCAACGCAUCGUCAACAACGACGACAAGAGUUCCCAACCCCUCCCCCGCACGGUACUCCUUUAGCUACGGGGACCUGUUCAAUGCUCUGUACCGAAGACGAGACGUCGAGGUUGUCAAGGUGGAUGACGUCAAACUGACACUGAGCCCCGACAAGCUCAAAGAAACAGCCGUUUGUGAAAUUUGUCGAGGGGAGCCAAAGCGUGAGUGUCCACAUCACGGACCAGCGGUUUUCCCUAGGAGAGCAACAUACCCGAGCAUACAAAUGACGUAUGCAGUGUCGUCAUUUCCGGAUGAAGUUCAGCUUUGUCGAUCGAGCGUUUCUGGGGCGGGUUAUGGCGUAAGCGCGAAGCAGCAUAUUCCGGUCGGGACAUGGAUUGGACCCUACGAAGGACGACGAAUCAAACCCGAAGAAGUCACGAGCGAUUCCGAUACCACUUAUAUGUGGGAGAUUUUCCAGGAAGGCAAGCUGGUGUGCUACCUGGACGCGCGUGACGAGAAUACGUCCAGUUGGAUGCGGUUUAUCCGCUGCGCGCGCUACCGUGACGAGCAAAAUCUUUACGCGUUCCAAUACUGUGGCAGCAUCUACUACAGGGCGUUCAGGGACAUUGCCGUUGGCCAGGAAUUACUGGUCUGGUACGACGAUAAGUACCAGCAGUACAUGGGAAUACCGCUGAACAUGCAGGACAUGGCGAUCGUGGACCCUAAUGGCAACCCUCUACUGUUCGACCUGUUGGCGUACCAUAACCAGCGCGUGGCAGCAGCCGCCAUCAGCAGCCAAUCACAAAACAAGACGCCACAGCCGCAUGUAACACAAUCCAACCACGUGACACCAGAACACGUCACGCAACAGCCGGAUACAAAACAUCAGUCACCGAGCACAUCGUCACAUUCGGUCACACAACAGGGUGUCACGCAACACACUAUGAUACCUGUCAAUCAAAUGCCACUUAGAACCACGUCAUCUGGAUUAUCGAACGUCGUAACGCAGAUAAAUUCCGUAAAGAUCGCGCAGUCAGUUCCAGUUCAAGUCGCGUCUUCAUUUACGGUUAAAGUCACGCAGUCGCUUCCGGUGAAGGUCACGCAUUCGCCAACCGUGAGCCACUCGCACAAGGAGCAUUUUCAGCAAUCUUCAAAGCCCUACCCUCUACACCUCAAUGGGCGACACACGCAAUCUUUGACAUCUGUGACUCAGUCUCGACAUGCCAAUCAAUCCAUUCUUAGCUCCGCCCACCCUCCUACAAGCCCUUACCUGUUCACACGAGAGGGCAACAUGACGCCUUUGAAGGAGUUGAGACAAUUGCAAAAUACUCACGAAGCGCCGGUCAAAAGUGCAACUUUACCUAUCCACAUGUCGAACCAAGUGACGCCACAUAUCAGUCGGGAAGACAAGUUGGCCUUAGAGAAAAGACUGAAGGAAUUUAGUGAUCUGAGCGACGAGUAUACGGAUGAGGAGGGCAUCGUUGAGUACGGCAGUAAUGGCGAAGUGACGUUAUGGAAGUGUGGACAAUGUAAGAAAGCAUUCGCACAGAGAGCUCUACUUCAAAUCCACGUUUGUCCUGGGAUGGCUAAUCGUCCCUUUACGUGUGGACAUUGCUCUGAAUCAUUCGCGCUCUCGAACGAACUCCGGACGCACGUGGUACAGCAUACCAACGAGAAGCCAUUCAAGUGCGGAUUCUGCUCGCGCACCUUCGCGGGAAUCACAACUUUAAACAAUCACAUUCGCACGCACACGGGGGAGAAGCCAUUCAACUGCUACAAGUGCGGCAAACACUUCUCCCAGCCAUCACAGCUUAGUAGACAUCAAAGGUGUCCAACAGAGUGCCGGUUAUAGUCCAGUCUAAAUCUCACAAUGCAAGCAGGCCCGUACCCAGGGGGGGGUGCGAAAUCUGAAAAAGUGGACCUAAUUUUUC